ACCAUCUCUUCGUAGUUCGUUGUGGUUAGCUACCACCACGAGAGCUCUCCUCGCCUGCUCGUAGUUGUCGUUGUCGUUGUGAUCUGCCACCAAUACUGACCCAAAAAGUUGCUGAGCCAAGACAUUUGGCAUUCCCGGGCAUGGCACUUCUGCGGCUUCGGCAGCCUUUGCUUUCUCGGGCUCCUUCUCUUCUUAAGGCUCGCCUCCUUUCUUCGUCAUAUGCCUCCUCCAGAUCCCUCUAUGGAACUUCUAAUUCAAGGCGUUUGUCUGUGGGUGGUGAUGGGAAUCUUUUGAGGCCAUCAUCAUUACCCUUUUUUACCGGAGUUUGUGAUAAUUCUUUGGAGUUCAAGUGGGUUGGUGUCAAGUUUUUCUCAUCUUCAGAUUCUUCACAUUUGGUCCUUGAGAUGCCUGCCUUAUCCCCCACAAUGAGCCAAGGUAAUAUUGCAAAAUGGCGUAAAAAAGAAGGAGAUAAGAUUGAAGUGGGUGAUGUGCUAUGUGAAAUUGAGACUGAUAAAGCUACGCUUGAAUUUGAAAGUCUUGAGGAGGGAUUUCUGGCUAAGAUAUUGGUGCCAGAUGGGUCAAAGGAUGUGCCAGUGGGACAACCAAUUGCAAUAACAGUUGAGGAUCCUAAUGAUAUCCAAAAUGUUCCGGCUUUGGUGGGGAAUGAAGUAGGAGCUAAGGAGAAAAAAUCUACUAGCCAAGAAGUCGCACAUGAGGAGAGGAAACCAGAAUCAACUUCCACUACAAUAAACACAUCAGAACUCCCUCCUCAUAUCCUUCUUGGAAUGCCAGCUUUGUCCCCAACAAUGAACCAAGGGAACAUUGCUAAAUGGAGAAAAAAAGAAGGAGACAAGAUAGAAGUGGGUGACAUAUUGUGUGAGAUAGAGACGGACAAAGCUACCCUUGAAUUUGAGAGUCUUGAAGAGGGAUAUCUAGCUUUGAUAUUAGCACCAGAAGGUUCAAAGGAUGUGGCAGUGGGACAACCUAUUGCAAUAACAGUUGAAGAUGUAUCUGAUGUUGAAGCCGUAAAGAAUUCGGUCAGUAGCAGUUCACUUAGCCAACAGGAAAAGACCACUGUCCAAGACACUAAAAGUGAAGGUGGAGCACAGAAGACCAAUGCAGCAAGGAUCAGUCCAGCUGCAAAGUUGUUGAUCCUAGAACAUGGAUUGGAUGCAUCCACAUUGAAAGCAUCAGGUCCUCAUGGAACCCUCCUAAAAGGGGAUGUUCUUUCUGCUAUUAAGUCAGGAAAAUUAUCUCCGAAACCCGCUUCUAAAGAAAAGGUACCAUCAUCACAAAGUCGUCAACAGGUUGCUGCAUCUCUAGAGUCUAAAUCUCCCCUAAAGCAGUCAGAUGCUUUUGAAGAUUUGCCAAAUAGCCAAAUUCGUAAGGUGAUUGCCAAGAGGUUGUUGGAGUCUAAACAAAAUACACCUCACUUAUAUUUGUCAUCAGAUGUUAUACUGGAUCCACUUCUUUCCCUUAGAAAAGAUCUCAAAGAGCAAUAUGGUGUUAAAGUUUCGGUGAAUGAUAUUGUCAUCAAAGUUGUAGCCUCUGCUCUCAAAAGUGUUGCAGAAGCAAAUGCCUACUGGGAUGCUGAGAAGGGUGAGGUUAUUUUAUGCAAGUCUGUUGACAUAUCAAUUGCUGUGGCUACUGAGAAGGGCUUGAUGACGCCAAUUGUCAGGAAUGCUGAUCAGAAGACAAUAUCUUCGAUCUCCUCAGAGGUCAAGGAACUAGCUGAAAAAGCACGCUCUGGCAAGCUAAUGCCACAUGAGUUCCAGGGAGGAACUUUUAGCAUUUCAAAUUUGGGAAUGUUUCCUGUGGAUCAGUUCUGUGCUAUAAUAAAUCCCCCACAGGCUGGCAUUCUUGCUGUUGGUAGGGGUAAAAAAGUUGUGGAACCAGUGAUGGGAGCUGAUGGAACUGAGAGGCCAGCUGUUGUUACUAAGAUGAACUUGACCUUGUCUGGUGAUCAUCGCAUUUUUGAAGGCAAAGUUGCAGGAGCAUUUAUUUCAGCGCUGCGAUCAAACUUCAGUGACAUAAGAAGACUUCUUUUAUAAUGCAUAAAGGAAUUGUUCUUCCUUUAAAUUGGGCGGCUUAAGACGCUGUUUAGCUUAGCUUGCGUCCUCCACAACCCAAAUAUUAAUCUUCCAUGUCAGCUUCAUUUUUGCCCUUCUCAAUCUCUACAUCUGAAACCCUGGCUCCUUAUGCCAAUGCCUUGCUUUUUAUUGUUGAUAAAAAAUAACACUGGUCUAAUGACCAAGCAUCCUAAGAAAUUACCCUUUUUGGGGGGUUAAGUUUAACCAUUGAGGUUUCAACCUUUGAGAUUUUGUCCCUCUGCCCUUUGAAGCUGUAGAAAUAAUUGUGUACGGUCAACAGCGGAAGCACCGGCAAUUGAGUUAAUGAAUGGUUAGUGAUUCUUUUUUAUGA